AUGCGGUCACACUGGUUCGCGGACACAACAAGAUGGCGAGACUUGCCCCCGAAAUCUGUUAAAAAACGCCACAAGAACAGAUAGUUAAUUGAGUAUUCGACCAGAAAAGUGUCCGCCGAAGUGCCGGGCCAACGCGGCGCAUUUUGCAGAGUGUGAGCUUGGCCGGCGUUGCCCGAGAGUCGCGAACGGCGUACCUUCUGCUGGCCUUGCCUUGUUGUUGCUGCGCCUGUUUGUGUGCGCGGUGCGAGUGUGUGCGUGGGCUGCCAAGAUUGCCAAGAAUCGCUUGAUUUCCGCCACUUCCAAGAUGAUGAGCAACUACGGCAACAUGAUGGACUCCCCGAAGUCAUCGCCCCACGGCGGCGGCCGAUCCCCCGUGGUCGCCCGCCAGGACUCUUCCGGUACCUUGAAAACGACCAUUUCGCUGGGCAAAACGCCCACGAUCAUCCACACCGGGCCCUUCUACUCGAUGAAGGAGCCGCCCGCCAAGGCUGAACUCACCGGCGACAAGGAUCUCAUGACCGAGUACGGACUGCACCACACACUCACCAAGUUCAAGGAGAAGAAGUUCAAGGAGUCGCUGGCCUCGUUCCUGCAGAACAUCCCCGGCAUCAACGACCUCAUCACGCAUCCCGUCGAGAACAGCACGCUGCGGAGCGUGAUCGAGAAGCCGCCGAUCGGCGGUAAGGAGCUCCUCCCGCUGACGCCCGUGCAGCUGGCCGGAUUCCGCCUACAUCCCGGACCGCUGCCGGAACAGUAUCGUACCACAUAUGUCACACCUGCGCGAAAACACAAAAACAAACACAAAAAGCACAAACACAAAGACGGCGUUACCACGGGACAGGAAUCCACGUUGCUGGAUUCGGCCGGCCUGGAGACUUACGAGAAGAAGCACAAGAAGCAGAAGCGCCACGAGGACGACAAAGAGCGCAAGAAGCGUAAAAAGGAGAAGAAGCGCAAAAAGAAGAACCAGAGUCCGGAGCCGGGCGUAGGUUUGCUGCCCGGAGGAGCGGGCUUGGGCGGAGCAGCGGGUGUCAUGGGCGCCACCAGUCUGGGGUCGCUGGCCGGAGGUCCUGGCCCCGGUUUGUCCAGCCUGGGGGCCAGCAUGGGUCCCGGCGUUGUCGGCGGCAUGAACAGCUUCUCCUCGUCCAUGCAGAUGCAGCAACAGCAGCAGCAGAUGCCCAUGCAGCAGCAGCAGAUGACAAGCGGCAGUCUCCUCGGAUCUGUGCUGGGCACGAGCGGCGGUCCGGGAGGCGGAGUCGGCGGAGGGGGAGGCGGGGGCGUGGGGAGUGGCGGCGGCGGGGGCAGCCUGCUUAUGUCGCAGUUCUAGGCAGGAUCCUUUAGCAAAAUAGACUUGGCUCAUUACCUCUCAUCAGCAGACGCACCCCAGAUGGCGACACAAAAAAUCAGCAGACGGACCAGUGGCGGUCCUCUUAAUGCAAUUUUCUCGAUAACGUUUCGUGUCUAGUUAUUAAUUUAUGAUUAUUGUAACUGUAAAAUAGUUUAUUUCUGUAAUUAGCCAACAAUUUUUCGUUCGUUCUUUUCGCGCUAGCUUAAUGAGAUUUAUUUAAAUGCAAGUUAUGGUACAAAACGCACGCAAAACGUUUUCGCUCUCGAUUCCAGCUCUUCCCCCCCACAAAAACCCAAAACCCUGCCUGCCCACCACAAAAGCGCUUUUUCGCAACCUUUUUUUUGCUCACCAACCUUGUAAUUUGUAGGGUCAGUAUUUCAAGUAUAUUUCUGCAAUGGUUUGUUCUUCCAGCAAGUUUAAAAACACAAAAGAAAGCUGAGAUUCAACAAAAUAAAAAUGCCUGUACUAUAA